AGCUAUAUAUAGGCCUUAGCUUUGGUCAAAGAACACAAAAGAUUUGAGCUCUAGGUAAACACCGCGAAACCGAGUUUUGUGCUCUACUCUAUAUAUAUAUACUGCAAAACUUAACCUUCUCUUCCAAUCUUCUCCAUCUCUAAAUUACUGAAUCAUUUUCUCUAUUUAAUUUAUUGCUUUCUAGUUUCUUCUUUAUAUUUUAUUGAUCAUAAAUAUCCUUUAUUGAAGCCGUAAAUAAAAAAAUAAUAAUAAUAAUAAUAAUGUGUGGCGGUGCAAUCCUCGCCGGCCUCAUUCCCCGCCGCGGCGGCGUCUCCUCCGAUGUCUUCUGGCCUACUGUUUUCAGCGCCUCCGACGAAAAUCCUACGCCGCCUCCUCCCAAAAAAUCCCGAUUUUGUACUGUUGGUGGGCAUGCUGCAAAAGGUGGUGUUGCUAAGAAGAAGCAGCGGAAAAACCUGUACAGGGGAAUAAGGCAGAGGCCGUGGGGCAAAUGGGCAGCUGAGAUCCGUGACCCGGGCAAAGGCGUUCGUGUUUGGCUGGGCACGUACAACACUGCUGAAGAAGCUGCCCGGGCUUACGACAGAGAAGCCCGCAAAAUCAGGGGCAAAAAGGCCAAAGUCAAUUUUCCCAACGAGGAACAAUAUGAUUAUGACAAUUACAGCUGUCACUACAAUAUUCCCAAUCCUGCAAAACGCUGUCGUGUUGAGGAGGAUUAUAAUGAAUUCAAUCAGUUGGGAUUCGAAAUGUAUGAUGAUGAUAAGUUUUUUUAUUCUGUGAAUAAUGAGGGUGAAGUAAAGCCUGACGUGGACGGCGGUGGUGGUGGUGAUUCUAAAGAGGCGGUGGUUGAAUUUAAGGCGGCGGAGGAUGAAGUGCAGAAGCUGUCGGAGGAGCUGAUGGCUUUUGAGAACUACAUGGACUUCUAUCAGAUUCCGUAUCUCGACGGACAGUCGUCUGCGCCGACUAAUCCGCCACCGGAGACGGUUGAACUCUGGAGCUUUGACGAUGUCUCCGAUUAAUUAAUUAACUCUAGCGUUUUAAUUAUUGAUUAUUAAAUUUUAGGAGUUGCGGUGAUAAAUAAUGUUUUAGUAUUUCUAAUUUUCUUUCGAAUAAAUGUUUUUAGAUUUUUAAUAUAUGUUUAAUUAUUAAUAAAUGUAAUUGCAUUUUCCCCUUCCGAUGGUUGUGAUAUAUUCGUUAAAUUUAGCUGCAUAUUUUUGUUAUAAUGCUCGGAUUCUAGCUUAUUUUAAAGACAUGCAAGCAAUUAUUGGACAUUAUAAAAAAUAAAUACUUGAG